AUGACUGGAGCCGCCGUGUCCGUGUGUCUACUUUACGUCCUGUCUGUCUGUUCAGCCUGCUACAUCUCCAACUGUCCCAUCGGGGGCAAGAGGUCCAUAAUGGACGCUCCACAGCGCAAGUGCAUGUCUUGUGGGCCAGGGGAGCAGGGCCGCUGCUUUGGCCCCAGUAUCUGCUGUGGGGAGGAUGUGGGCUGCUGGAUGGGCUCUCCGGAGACGGCACAUUGCAUGGAGGAGAACUACCUGCCCACCCCCUGCCAGGCGGGAGGGAGACCCUGUGGAUCUGAUACAGCACGCUGCGCCGCACCGGGUGUCUGCUGUGACUCAGAGGGCUGCAGUGCGGACCAAUCUUGUCUCGCUGAGGAGGAAGGCGACAAUCAAAUCGGCCAAUCAGAGGGCAGCGACUCUGCAGACGUCAUCCUCAGGCUCCUGCACUUGGCUGACCACACGCCUCCUCAUAGAGUCCACCAAUGA